AUGUAUCUUCAAUCGAACGGUCAAGAUCAGACCACGGACGUGGUAGUCAUCGGCACUGGUCCCGGCGGUCUUGCAUCAGUGGCAUCGGCCGUGGAAUCCGGCGCCGACGUGGUGGCCAUCGAGGCGUACAAAGACAUCGGCGGCAAUGGAACAUGGUCUACAGGUUGGGUUGCCUUUGUCGACAGCGCUCUCCAGCGGCAACAAGGAAUCCGUGACUCGGUAGACCUGUUCAUGCAAGACUGCGAGAAACUCAUCGAACAGUCAAGCAAGCACUUUGGAUUGGAAUGGGAUCCAGUUCUGGCACGGCAGUACGCAGAGGAGAGGCCCCAGCUCUACGACAUUCUUACCAAGAAGGGCGUCAAGUUUCCUCGCCUGAUCAAGCGACCUUUGCAGACCAGCGUGCCCCGACUUGCAGCGGUGGAGUCAACGCAGCAAUUUGCGCGGGCCUUCGAACCGGAUUUUGCUGGACCGAACGUGCGCACGUAUGUGAAUAGCACGGCAGUCAGACUCAUCACCCAAGGGGGACGGGGGGUCAAGGGGGUUCGUGUGCAGCCCAACGACGACUCCAAACCGGCGUUCAACGUGUUCGCCAGAAAGGGCGUCAUCCUCACCUCAGGUGGCUAUCAGGCCAACGCAGCACUUCGCCGGCGAUAUGCGCCCGCCCACGACGACGCAUGGUAUCCCGGACUGCCGACUUGUCGGGGAGAUGGCCAUGUCAUGGGCCAAGCAGUCGGCGGCGAACUCUAUAACAUGACGAUGAUCCCUGGGAUCGUGGCCAUCGCUUCGGCCCUGACCGACGAGGCGAUUGCCGUGAACAACAAGGGACAUCGAUUCCACGACGAAGCCGGGCCGUACCAAGACCGGGUCGAAGCGCUCAAACAGCAACCCGGCCAGCUGGGGCAUUACAUCUUCGACAGCGGCACGGCAACCCGACAAAAGCAUUACACAGACCAGCUCACAAACCUUGUCAAGGCCGACACUCUGGAAGAGCUGGCUGGCCUGAUCAAAGUCCCCGCCGAGGAACUAGUAAAGACGGUCAAGCAAUGGAACGAGUUCAUUGCCUCGGGCGACAAGGUCGAACCCUUGACGAAGCGCGUCGACUUCACCGCUCAUCGCAUCGUAGAGGCCCCCUUUUACGCCUCGAGGAUGAUCGUCGGCAUCAGCUUGACCUGCGGAGGCUUCCGAACCACCACGUCCAUGCAGGUUGUGGACGUCUUUGGCGAGCCCAUCCCGGGGCUUUUCGCCGUGGGAGAUGUCGCCGGUGGGUUCACGCCCACGGCCGAGAUGGGUGGCACGCAUCUGGGCGGCGGGUUUGUGCAUGGCUGGCGAGCGGGCAAGGCUGCAGCGACGGGACGAUUGGCAAAAUCCCACCACCCGCACGGCGGUGUGUUCAAUCAACACGUCCCGCAGAAGACGAAUCUGGAAUUGAGGAUACCGAUCAUCACUGUGGCCACGGCCGAGCAGACUGGCCCUCCCAAAGCACAUUUAUGA